AAACCCUCGGCAGAGACUAUCGGACUUCCUGCUUCGCUCUGCGCGUUGCUGCCCCGCUGCCAGCAACGCUUUCUGGGUCUAACAGGGGAGGAAGCCGUCGUUCGGUAACGGCCCGUCUCGGUGCUCGGUCCCCCGCGAUAAUUAGCACACGAACGAGGUGAAUUAACACCUCGUCGAAACCGAGGCGGCAGAGAAAGCGGGAGCCGAGCUGCGCAGAGCAUCUGACCGCAGAUCAGUGAGGUUAGCUGGGAUUGCGCUAACACACGGAGGAGACACUUCGCUGUGUUUUUAAACUUCCCGAGGCUCCAAACUACGCGAAGACUGCCAGCAACUUUCCCCCACAAGCCUGGAGAGGGCGAGUAUGUGGUCGGAGCCCCGGGCGUUGUAGGAUGAAGAGCCCGGCGCACCGCACCAGGGACAUCGAGAGGCAGGCUGGCUACCUGAGGCCCGAGCACUGCGCCCCUCCCCCGCUCCGCAACACCUCCGACACCAUGUGGUUCAUCCGCGACGGCUGCGGCAUCGUGUGCGGCGUCAUCACCUGGUUCCUGGUCCUCUACGCCGAGUUUGUGGUGGUGUUCGUCAUGCUGCUGCCCGCCAAGAGCGUGAUCUACAGCCUCUUCAACGGGGUGAUCUUCAACGGCCUGGGGUUCCUCGCCCUCGCCUCUCACGCCAAGGCCAUGUGCACAGACCCGGGAGCCGUGCCUAAAGGGAACGCGACCAAAGAAUUCAUCGAAAGCCUGAAGCUCAAACCAGGACAGGUGGUGUACAAGUGUCCCAAGUGCUGCAGCAUAAAGCCCGACAGAGCGCACCACUGCAGUGUGUGCAAACGCUGCAUCAAAAAGAUGGACCACCACUGUCCCUGGGUGAACAACUGUGUCGGGGAGAACAACCAGAAGUACUUUGUGCUCUUCACGAUGUAUAUUGCACUGAUAUCCUUCCAUUCGCUAAUCUUGGUGGCCCUCCAUUUUGUGUUCUGCUUUGAAGAAGACUGGACAAAGUGCAGUAACUUCUCUCCCCCAGCCACGGUCAUCCUCCUCAUCCUCCUCUGCUUCGAGGCACUCCUGUUUCUGAUCUUCACUGCAGUCAUGUUUGGGACCCAGGUCCACUCCAUCUGCACCGACGAGACGGGUAUCGAACAGCUCAAGAAGGAGGAGAGGCGAUGGGCCAAGAAGUCCAAAUGGAUGAACAUGACGGUGGUGUUCGGUCAUCCGUUCUCGAUAGCCUGGCUGAGUCCUUUCGCAACACCCGAUCACGGCAAGGCGGACUUGUACCAGUACAUCGUGUGAAGGCUGGACGUCUAACCGAGCUCUGCCGCUUUGGACUUCCUGGUCGGCCCUCCUAUUGGCCGGACCACGACGAGCAUAAACUCCACUUAAACCACUUCUACAUUUUCUUUAGUUUGUGGAUAUUAUCGAUAUUUCAGGGUGUCCCGUUGUAAGCGACGGUGUCAAAAUGUUUUUUUAAAACUAAAAAAAACAACCUUUACCUUCUUUCUAUUUUAUUAUUUCCCUCUUGGUGCUGACUGAGAUAAUUGACGUGCUGCUCUGCAAAAACAAGAAAGAAAACAUCUCUCACUAAGCUGCCACAACUUGGCAAGGAUCACUCAAUAGGAGGCGGUGAAACGACACCAAGAGACUGAGGUCUUCCUGCGGUAUGUCUGAACACUUCCUGCUUUAAAGCCAAACAAAGUGAACGCACAACUGAUGCCCAGGAAGUCUUUUGCAGUCCGGGUGCCAACAUGGUCUCCUGGUUUUGUCUUUGUGUAAAUGCUGUCGUGAUCCUGUCACCUCUUCAUUUGCUGUAUUCCUGUCAUCGCAAGAGUCUUUUGCCGAGUGCUGCGGAUGAUUUGCCUUAGAACAGUGCGUUAGUAUUUUUAAAAGACAUUUCUAUUAUUUUUGCCUUAAUGUGACAGUGAGGAUGAGACAGGAUCACAUUGGUUUCAAUUAGUUUGUUGUGUCUUUCUUUGGUGCCAGAUAGGUGGAUUAGUUCAGGUCAUCUAACAAAAGUAUUUGGAGACUGAAUUUUAAGAACAUUUCUUUACAUACAUUUAGUCUGCAAUAAUCCCCACAUGUCUGGCACCCCAAGAAACUUGAAUCAAAUCAUGUAUAAAAACAGCUUACGGAGCUGUGAGGGAGGUUUAAAGGCUGUAAGACAGAAAGUUGUAAUCGUUAAGAUUUUAGUGUUGGUUACCCGUGGUUACCAGUGGUGACAGCAAGUGCUGUUCAACGGGGGACUUUGUUAACGUGCAGCCAGACAGACUCACCAUCAUGCCAUAAACAACCGUAGUCUGAUUUCUUGCCUUAGAUUUUACAAAGUGGAAUGGAAACCCACUCAUAUCCAACAGGUCACUUCAUCACAUGCUUGUGAAGGUCAUUCGAAUGGCGGACUCCACCUCGAACAAACAAAACCACUAUAGAGCUAAUAACUGGAUUUAUUUACAUUGAACGGCUUCUUGCUGAAAAAGUAGUACCGGCCGUAAGUAGUAGGUUUGAGUUUAAGGGAAUCUUUAGGAUUAUAACUUAAAACAUGUGAUACUUAACAGGGAAUCAAAGUGUUGUCUGUUGGUUUUACAAUCCAGCAGGUUGGGUGGGUUGACCUUCUUUUGACUAUUUGGCCACUAUGUGUGUAGCAAACCCAGCCAGCCUCUUUGCUUUAUAACCAGUUUAAUCACAGCCACCAGCUCAGAUAGAAAGGAAUAAAAGCAAUACACGUUGCUCUCUGAAUGCACUGACCCAGUGUGAUUCACUGGCUCUCAAUUGAUGGAAUUCGCUUGUGGAUAAUCCAGUUUGUCUCUGAUUGCGUGAGCCUGCCGAGAGGGAGAAAAAGCCUCACAGGAUAAAGAUGUUGAUUGACAUUUAGGCUAGAGGAAAAUGUUCACCGAGGCCCGACGGACCACGUUAGAAAUGCACGUUUUAAUUGCUGUGGACGGGUACCGGACCAGCCAGUGUGAGGAGGAUAUUGUACCUUUGGUGAUGAGAAUGGGCCACUUCAAAGCAUUGCACAUUAAAAAUGCCUUUCCUCAAAUGUGUUCGAAAGCCUUACUGUAUUUAUAGAACUUGCUUUUUGAAGAUGAUGAAAGGACAUAUUUGGACAUAUAUUUUGCCAAAUGUAAUGCUGUAUGAAGAGAGGCAUUAAAGUUACCAUUUCAGGA